CAUAUAUUCAUUAUGCAGCAUAGUUAAUCAGUUUAUUUUGUAAAUUCAUAACUAGAAACGAAAAAUGAGCCCUCCCGCCAAGAACAUUAACGAAAGAACCAUCACUGACCUCCUCAGCUUAAAGGGCAAGAAGGCCCUUCUUUACGGAUGCUCUAAGGGUAUCGGUUUAGAUGUUGCAAGAGCAUUUGCCCAAUCUGGAGCAGAUGUUUUAAUUACCUACAACAGCACCAAUGCCGAAAGUCAAGCCAAGGAAAUCAGUCAAAAAUAUGGUGUUAAGGCUAUUGCCUUGAAAUGCAACGUUAGCAACUGUGACGAGGUUAAAAGCGUCUUUGACGAGGCCUUAAAGCAAUUUGGUCAUAUUGAUACUGUUGUUGCAAAUGCUGGUGUUUGCACCGGUAAAUCUGCAAUUGAGAUGACUCCUGAAGAGUGGUCGAAGGAUAUCACCAUCAACUUGACCGGUAUUUUCAACGUUGGUCACGUUGCUGGUGCCGUCUUUGAAAAGCAAGGCUUCGGUAGUCUUACUGCUACUGGUUCCAUGUCAGGAGCCAUUGUUAACGUUCCUCAAAAGCAAGCUGCUUACAAUGCUUCCAAGGCAGGUGUAAUUCACCUUUGUAAGAGUUUGGCUGUUGAAUGGGCUGAUUUUGCUCGUGUCAACGUCGUUUCCCCUGGUUACAUUUCCACUGACAUGACCGGUGGAAUGCACGAAGAAUGGGUUCCCUACACUCCUUUCCGUCGUAUUGGUUUACCUAGAGAAUUGGUUGGUGCCUAUGUGUUCUUAGCCAGUGACGCUGCUACUUAUGUUACUGGUUUAGACCUCAAGGUUGACGGUGGUUACACCUCAAUUUAAGAGAAGAUCAAAAAAUAAUUUUGCUAUUUAUUUAUUUUACAUGUUGGAACAUCUUUUCCUCCACACAUUUUGAUUCCUCUUUUCCGUAUUUACGACAAAUAUACUCUCCAUGAUGAC